CCAACUACAAGUCCACUAUGACUAUUAUAACACGUACUACAACCGCCAUACUUCCCAGAGUCUUGAAUCGUCAAAGAACAUCUGCCAUACCGUUCUUGGGCAAAGCGUUUCAGUUAGUUUCCUUUGCAAGAAUGUCAGCCACCGCAAUGGGGAAGCGCCUCGAGGGCAAGACAAUCGUCAUCACCGGAGCUUCAUCCGGGAUCGGGCGCAGCUGUGCCUUUGAGUUUGCUCGCACCAGCCCCAAGAGCUUGAAGCUGGUCCUGACUGCUCGCCGCAUCGACACGCUCAAGGAGAUUGCCAAGGAGAUAAAUGCUGAGGUCGGCGAGGGCGUCAAGGUGUUGCCAUUCCAGCUCGACGUCAGCAAACCGGAUGAGGUCCGUGGGUUUGUCCAGGCGCUGCCCGAGGAGUUCCGGGAUAUUAAUGUUCUCGUCAACAAUGCGGGUCUGGUGAAAGGAGUUGCACAGGCUCCUGCGAUCGCCGAGGAGGAUAUAAACAUCAUGAUGGCGACCAAUGUAACGGGUCUCAUCAACAUGACGCAGGCCGUGCUUGCCGUCUACAAAAAGCGACCUGAAGGAGGUGCUGGCGAUAUUAUCAACAUCGGUAGCAUUGCUGGUCGUGAGCCAUACGCCGGCGGUAGCAUAUACUGCGCAACCAAGGCUGCGGUUCGGAGCUUUAGUGAUUCGUUGCGAAAGGAGUUGGUAGCCACUCGGAUCCGGGUUAUGGAGAUCGAUCCGGGUCAAGUUGAAACCGAGUUUUCUGUUAUUCGGUUUUAUGGUGACAAGGCAAAGGCGGAUGCAGUCUAUGCUGGUUGUGACCCUCUCACGCCAGAUGACAUCGCCGAGGUGGUUGUGUUCGUCGCAGGACGGAGAGAUAACGUCGUUGUAGCCGAUACUCUCAUCUUUCCUCAGCACCAGGGUGCUGCUACGGUUGUGCACCGGAAAUCAUCUUAGGCAGUCAAAGUCCUGCAGCAUUGACGCUGUGGCCUGGGAUGGGGUGAGGGGGGGAAAAGUUGGGAUUCUGCGCAUAUAGACGCGCUGCAUAUCUGAAGUUGUGGCUCACUGCAGCAGUACAUAAUGCAGGGAGCAGCUCGCCGAAUAAGUAAAUACGGGUAUGUCCCUGGGCGUCGGUCAUCAGACUCCUUCAGCAGCCAUAUAUUAUACAAGGCACGUUCGGAAGGGCCCCUUUGUUUUCUCACUGACGUAUUGAAGGUGGGAUUUGCGACUUCUUAUACCAAUCAUCGUAUUAGUCGUGGAGAUAGCCCACCUUUCACCGUGGUCUUGUCCGCCUUUUUUUUUUUUUUUUUUUUUUUUUUUUUGGUUGAGCUCUUACUAUGUAGUGCAUUUACAGGGAACGGUACUUGGGAACCACAUUCGCUGGAACAACGUCAUAGCUAUUCCAAGCUCAAGCUUGAUUGAGCUGGGUAUUGAUCAACAGGGAUGUUCUUCAUGUUUGUUUCAUGCCACCGGCACUACUGUACUUUUAGUGUGUAAAAAAUAAGGUAUGUAUGUAAAGUGCUGUUAUUAUAGUACUCGGACGCACUGGCAUCCCC